AUGAAUUUUGUGGGAGCAGAUCGUCAACUACAGAAAAUGUUUUCUGAGGCAUCAGCAGAGUUUGCUUCGGUCGCUACAUACCUUGCUUCGCAUGGUACCCAGUGGAAAUUCAACCCUCCUGCAGCACCUCACUUCGGAGGUUUAUGGGAAGCUGCAGUUAAGUCGACAAAAUUCCAUCUUCGUCGAGUCAUUGGAUACUCUACAUUGACGUUUGAAGAAAUGACCACUCUUUUAACACAAAUUGAGGCUUGCGUUAAUUCUCGGCCUCUCAGAGCUCAGUCAGAUGAUCCAACAGACAUUUCUGCCCUCACACCAGGACAUUUUCUCAUUGGAGGUCCACUGAAUACAGUUCCUGAACCAUCGCUUGCAGACGUUCUUCCAAAUCGAUUAACUCUCUGGCAGUUGAUCCAGCAAAUGCGUGAUCAUUUUUGGAAGCGCUGGUCAGCUGAGUAUUUGAAAGAACUUCAACCUCGAUCCAAGUGGACUACUUCAUCGCCAUCCAUACAGAUUGGAGAUUUAGUUCUUAUUUGA